AUGACUGGUCGUGGUAAAGGUGGUAAAGGUUUGGGAAAAGGUGGUGCUAAGCGUCAUCGCAAAGUUCUUCGUGAUAACAUCCAAGGUAUCACAAAACCAGCUAUUAGACGUUUGGCUCGCCGUGGUGGAGUUAAGCGUAUUUCUGGUUUGAUUUACGAAGAAACUCGUGGUGUAUUAAAGGUAUUUCUGGAAAAUGUGAUCCGUGAUGCAGUUACAUAUACAGAACAUGCCAAAAGGAAGACUGUUACAGCCAUGGAUGUUGUAUAUGCUUUGAAGAGACAAGGUCGCACUCUCUACGGUUUCGGAGGAGGUAAAGUUAAGGGCAAGGCAAAGUCUCGCUCAAAUCGUGCUGGAUUACAAUUUCCAGUUGGUCGUAUUCAUCGAUUGCUGCGAAAAGGCAAUUAUGCUGAACGCGUUGGUGCCGGCGCUCCCGUCUACUUAGCUGCUGUUAUGGAAUAUUUGGCAGCUGAAGUUCUUGAAUUGGCUGGCAAUGCAGCACGCGAUAAUAAGAAGACAAGAAUCAUACCCCGUCAUUUACAAUUGGCCAUCCGUAAUGAUGAAGAAUUAAACAAAUUGUUGUCUGGUGUCACAAUCGCACAAGGUGGUAUUAUGGCUCGUACAAAGCAAACUGCUCGUAAAUCGACUGGUGGUAAGGCACCACGUAAACAAUUGGCUACUAAGGCCGCACGCAAAAGUGCGCCCGCAACUGGCGGUGUAAAAAAACCACAUCGUUAUCGUCCGGGAACUGUAGCUUUGCGUGAAAUUCGUCGCUAUCAAAAGAGUACAGAACUCUUAAUUCGCAAACUGCCAUUCCAGCGUUUAGUCCGUGAAAUUGCACAGGAUUUCAAAACUGAUUUACGUUUCCAGAGUUCUGCUGUAAUGGCUCUCCAAGAAGCUAGCGAAGCAUACUUAGUUGGGCUUUUUGAAGAUACUAACUUAUGCGCUAUUCAUGCCAUGUCUGGUCGUGGUAAAGGAGGUAAAGUUAAGGGCAAGGCAAAGUCUCGCUCAAAUCGUGCUGGAUUACAAUUUCCAGUUGGUCGCAUUCAUCGAUUGCUGCGAAAAGGCAAUUAUGCUGAACGCGUUGGUGCCGGCGCUCCCGUCUACUUAGCUGCUGUUAUGGAAUAUUUGGCAGCUGAAGUUCUUGAAUUGGCUGGCAAUGCAGCACGCGAUAAUAAGAAGACAAGAAUCAUACCCCGUCAUUUACAAUUGGCCAUCCGUAAUGAUGAAGAAUUAAACAAAUUGUUGUCUGGUGUUACAAUCGCACAAGGUGGUGUAUUACCAAACAUCCAAGCUGUACUUUUGCCUAAGAAAACAGAAAAGAAGGCUUAAACUAUAUCUUACAACACUAUUUCUUUCGAAAUUUUCGAACAACA